GGAGGAACCGGAACUGGAGGUGCCCUUCUCCUGGGAGCAGGAGUCAGCACACAGCUCUGGAGGCACGCGGGCGGGCUCGCCCUGUGCGGGAGCCACCACCAUCCAGAGCCCUGAUUGCUGUGAUGUGCCAGGAAAGGUGAAACGUGGUGACUGCUUGCCAAGGACAACCAGGCGACACCCAGUGUGUGCAGAUGUGCUCCACCUUUCUCUCCUCCGUGCAUGCUGGCUCCUCCUGCUGAAAACAGCUAAGCCUGCUGCUCAGAUUUCGUAGGAUCCCAGCACUAUAUGGACCUCUCUAGGGACAAGCUGACCUCCUACUGGGAACUUCAGUUCCCAGCCCCUGGCAGGCUUUGUAGCCUCUGGACUGCUUGUGGCAACAGUUCUUAGAAAGCAUGAGUCUCUCCCACAGCAGCGUCUGCCCAUGCCUGCUUCUGCCAACACCAAGGAAGACCUGGUGAGGCCCCAGCCCUGGGGCUCCUGAACAGCCUGAACCCUGAGGCUGCUCCUUCUGUCUCCAGAGCCUAUUUUAUUUGUAUCCGGAAGCACAGAAAUAGUGCAAGCAGCCAGGAGGAGCAUCAAGAGAAAAUCUAAAAUGUUCAAAAACACUCCUGGUGGUGGCUGUCGUAGAGAACACUGAGCUCAUUGAAGAGCUUUGUAAUUGCUGGACUCAUUUGUUUCAUCUUUUUGGUGCAGCCAAGGAGGGAUCGGUGUGCAUCUGGGGCAAGGAGGGAGGUGUGCACAAGAGCCUCCAAGGCCAUUUUGCUUGGCUCUGACUCACCCUGACUCUCCAGUGAAGCAGAAAGGAGGAAACAUCACAGCAUUCAGGCGGGCCCAGCCUUUGCCUUAAUUGCGAAUCCCCAUCAUCCCUUCCCAAGUACUCCUUUGCCUUAGCUGUGCUUUAAUUAAGAUUUUUGGGUUAAGGAAAGCUGUAGAGGACAUAGGAUGAGGCGAGAAGAGGAGGAAGAGGAGGAAACAAGGAUGAAGGCAAAAGGGGACUUAGACAUGAAGGAGGAGCAGGAGACCAGUGAGAGGCGAGAACCUUUGGCGGGUGCCAUGCCCACCCCUGUGCCCCACAACAAGGGGAGCCGGUUUUCUGAGGCAUGGGAGUACUUCCACCUGGCCCCAGUUCGUGUGGGGCACCACCCCAACCAAUAUGCCACCUGCCGCCUGUGUGGCAGGCAGGUGAGCCGGGGCCCUGGGGUUAACGUGGGCACCACAGCCCUGUGGAAGCAUCUGAAAAGCAUGCACAGAGAGGAGCUGGAGAAGAGUGGCCACAGCCAGGCAGGACAGCGCCAGGAUCCUAGGCCCCAAGGGGCCCAGCUCCCCGUGGGCAUUGAGGGUGACUGGGCCAGGCUCCUGGAGCAGGUGGGGGCUCUGGCUUUGUGGGCCAGCCAGAGGGAGAAGGACGUGCUCAGGAGGGAGCGCGCAGUGGAAUGGCGGGAAAAGGCUGUGGAGAGGAGAGAGCGAGCCCUGGAGGAGGUGGAAAGGGCCAUCCAGGAGAUGAAGUGGAAGGUGAGGGCUGAGAAGGGGGCUUGCCAGAGGGAGGACGACCAGCCCGCGGCAGCCCAUCCCUUCCAUUUUGUUUAAACCGGUCUUGGGGGGAAUCUAUUCUGAAAACAAUGACUUCAUACUCAGAGCAAAGAGCCAUUUGCUUCCAGCUUAAAUAUGAAGUAGAGCAGUUUAGUAGGAUUUUGUUUUUAAGAGAAAGAGUGCUUAGUAUGGGAUAAUCUCAGUAAGACUGAGUUGACCAAAUACUUAUCUAUAGGCUCCUAGAGCUGCACUGAUCAGAACUGCUAAAUGUACUAACUAAACGUGUGACCUGGAGAUUAACGUUGCUUUGCCACGAUGGGUCUGUGAGUUUGGGGGCAGGUGUACCAGCCCGUCUGACUGAGAGGGAUGGGAUUCACCCCUAGCUCCCAGUUGCGGUCAAGCUGAAGGUUUUGAUGGUCAAGGAGGUCGGGUAGCUGGAAUGUACUUACGUAAGUAUCACUGUAAGAGAUGCCAGCACCAGGAGAGCUGAGACUUCCUGGAAUGGAGGAGUUUGCACAUAUCCUGGUGGGGAUCUGAGAACUGGAUACAAAGCUUGUUCUACGGGGCCCAACAGUGGAGGGACACAGAAAGUCGAGGCUGAGAUCUCUGGGCCCUUCUUCCCACGCAUAUCUUACUCCCGCUGUUGCAGUGUUGUACCGCCUGCUGACAUUAAAGCUCUGUCACCAGUGUGA